UCAGUCAGACAUGAGCUGAAUAUAAUGGCAAACCCCAUUAAUGAUGAAGUAACAGUGAUAAUUUAAAAAUUCACGUGAAUAGCACUAACUUAGAAAAUCCCGAACUACAGCCCCGAAGAUCUGAGAGACGCAGAUCGACGAAGCAAUGGACAUCAGCUUUGUGGCGAUGGAACAGACAAGUGCUCAAUCUUUGUCUGUUAGACGGCUUUUACAACGAAGUUGCUGUUAACUUCAACAUUUUUCUAACAGAAAAAUUUUGGCAUACGUAUCUCCCUUUGGAAAUAGCGAAUAAUUAAUUUGGUAUAAAGCAAGCAGCUGUUCACUUCGGGAAUAACAACAUUAUCGGUAUAGGUGAUGACAAUGCAUUUUAUUUACGUUAACACCAUUAACAGUUCAGCCUGAUGUUCAUGAAUAGUUGAAAACUAUAAAUGCAGUUCAGCACCUAAUCACACAGAAUUGUUAGAAAGUUGUCCCAGAAUAAGAAAAAAAUUUCGUUAUAUACGGGUGUUAAAAAUGAACCUACUUCGUAAAGUUUGUUAGAUAGCUGUAGAGAUGCCUGCUGAAGCGUGAACAUAUCCUGCAAAAAUGUAGUUGUAAGACGAAAGCUUAUUGCUAUGAAUAGAGUACAAUGGAAGGUUUAUUUACGUUAGCACUUUUUUAAACACUGUACACCAAGUGUGUCCGUAAAUUGAUUUAGCUACUAAACAAGGCUUUAUUGGCCGUAGUUGACCUUCAGCGGUUCCCCCUUAGCGACAUAACGAGAUAGAAUCAGUGGAGGGGCACGGCACCGCACAUCACGUCGCGAAGAUAGCGGUCGGAUUGAAUGAGUUUAUAGCGCCUCGUGUAAUCGCUGGGUGUUGUAAGCAGUUACUGUGCGCCGUCGCAGGAAGCGGUAGCAAUGGCAACGAAGCUGGGGAGAAUUGCUAGGUUUCAGGUUCAGAAGUUGAAUGGAGAUCCUGCUGUGAGAUACUUUAGUUCACCUGCACCAACAACAAAGUUAUUUAUUGAUGGAAAGUUUGUUGAGUCUAAAACAAAAGACUGGAUAGACUUGCACAAUCCAGCAACAAAUGAGGUGGUUACUAGAGUCCCAAAGUCAACACAGGAUGAAAUGGAAGCAGCUGUGGCCUCAGCAAAAGAGGCUUUCAAAUCCUGGUCCAAUACCUCGAUACUAACUCGUCAGCAAAUUAUGUUCAAAUAUCAAGACAUAAUUCGCAAAAAUAUGGGUGAGUUGGCAAAAAACAUUACCACAGAGCAAGGAAAAACCCUUGUUGAUGCAGAAGGUGACGUUUUACGUGGCUUGCAGGUGGUGGAACAUUGCUGCAGUGUGACCUCUUUGGCACUGGGAGAAACAUUACCCAACAUUGCGAAGAAUAUGGACACACAUUCCUACCGCUUGCCACUUGGUGUAACUGCUGGAAUAACGCCUUUCAACUUUCCUGCUAUGAUCCCAUUGUGGAUGUUCCCUGUUGCUACAGUUCUGGGAAAUACAUCAGUGAUAAAGCCAUCAGAGCGUGAUCCUGGUGCUUGUAUGAUGUUGAUGGAGAUGCUAAAUGAAGCUGGUUGUCCUCCAGGUGUAGUCAAUGUGAUACAUGGUGCACAUGAAUCAGUUAACUUUAUUUGUGACCAUCCGGAUAUUAAAGCCAUUUCCUUUGUUGGAUCUGAUCAAGCUGGCAAGUACAUUUAUGAACGAGGUUCACGAAAUGGUAAACGUGUACAGUGCAACAUGGGAGCAAAGAACCAUGGUGUCAUUAUGCCAGAUGCAGAUAAGGAACGUACACUAAAUCAGCUUGUGGGGGCAGCAUUUGGUGCAGCAGGGCAGCGUUGCAUGGCCCUUAGCACAGCUGUUUUCGUGGGUGAAGCAAAUGACUGGCUGCCUGACUUGGUGGACCGAGCAAAGAAAUUAAAAGUCAAUGCAGGUCAUGUUCCUGGCACAGAUUUAGGCCCAGUCAUCUCCCCACAGUCCAAAAAAAGAAUUUGUGAUCUUGUUCAGUCUGGUGUUGAUGAUGGAGCACAGUUGCUGCUAGAUGGCAGAGAUAUUGUGGUUCCUGGUUUUGAGAAAGGAAAUUUUGUUGGACCCACAAUUUUAAGUGGUGUUAAGCCCAAUAUGAAAUGUUACAAGGAGGAAAUAUUUGGUCCAGUUCUUGUAAUUUUGUCGGUUGACACUCUGGAUGAAGCAGUGGAGCUGAUCAACAGAAAUCCGUAUGGUAAUGGAACAGCAAUUUUCACCACUAAUGGAGCAACUGCUAGAAAAUUCACCAAUGAAAUCGAUGUUGGACAGGUUGGUGUCAAUGUACCAAUACCUGUCCCACUGCCAAUGUUCUCCUUCACUGGUACGAGAGGAUCAUUUCUUGGAGAUGCACACUUCUAUGGUAAACAGGGUGUCAACUUCUACACACAAGUGAAGACUGUUACCCAGUUGUGGCAUCAGAGUGAUGUCACACACAGCAAGCCUUCUGUUGCAUUCCCAGUCAUGCGAUAGAAAGUAUUUCUACUUGAAAUAAUUUUCAGCUUCAGUGAAUCUAGAAUUGUUAAUUUAGAAGCUGAAUUCUCAUUGUUGUUUCACGCUACUAGAAAGGUUUUACCUAAGCAUUCAGAAGUUCAAGAUAUAUUUAAGUUUUGCACAGAAUAUUUGUGACAAAGAUUUCAUUCCACAGAAUAUUUCUUUCGUAAACUGAUGUACAAAUCAACAGCUCUAAAGUGAAUGUUUGAUUAUUUAUCUUAGACUGAAUAUUGUCCCGGUGCUUUUAAGCGCUUAAUUUGUAUUGUUAAAUUUCACAGAAGUUUCUCUUCAGAAGCUAAAACUUCUGUGAGUGUACGAAACUACUUAGGCUAUUCAUAUAGUCCUUAUUUCUAGUUGUAUAUGACAAAUUCAUCUCAAAAUAGUGACAUUACCUCAAGUACAUGGAUUUUAACUGUAAUAUGGUCUUACAUGCCAUGAACAUUCAGAGGCACAUGUUACUUCAAAAGAAAAUAGUCUUCCACAUGUGAACUUAAGACUGAAGAACCAGUCUUCCAUUGUAAAUAUGUUAAAGAAUUAUUUUUAACGUAAUUUACAGAAAUGACUAAUUUGCUAUUGCCGCAAGAAAAAAGUAAACAUUAUUUUUAAGAGGUUUCUGCCCAUUGAAUGAAGUAAGAUGAAAUGGUUUUAGAUAAUGUUCCCAAAUGUAUUACAGAAUUUCUACAGAAAGUGCUUUCAAUGCUUAUCAUUUAGCCUACAUUUUCCACAGAACAUGUAAUUUUUGGUACAUCAUAUUUACAUAUUUAGUAUGACACUGUAAUUAUAUUCAUGUAUGCAGACAAACCAUGUAAGAAUUUUGAGUGUGUGACAAUUAUUUCUAAAAAUAUAUUUUUGUAGAAAAUGCAAACUCCUCAUAAAGAGUAUGUACAAGUGAUUGAAUAAUUUGUCCAGACUUUACCUCAGACAUUCAUGAAAAUGUUUAAAAGUGAUCUUACAUGGCAUAAGUGUAUCUUCAGACUCACUUAGGCUACUUCUCUUC